AAAUGCCGGCUGGUCCCAGCUUCCCGGGGCUCCGGACUAACGGCAGUGUGCAGCGUUCACCCGCGAAAUAUACGUCGUAGUUAUAAAAUGGCGUUUUUAAACGUGACCUUGAGUUAAAGGACUUAUCGCACAGCGUUUCUCUCUCCGGUCCCGGGGGAUUGUGCUCCUCUGCAGCGAGCUGCAUUGUAACGGAAUGGGAGCUGGAUGAACUGAAAGUCGGACGUGGAUACGGGCUGAUGGAGCAGGAACGACAGGAGGAAUAGAAGCCUGCGGGAUCCUGAUAUAGUGGUCAACGCCAGCAUGACCUACAUACCCACAGAGCUUAAUGGACGCUCCUCAGGACAUCUCAUUAGACUGUAACUGACGUGCGAUUCAACCUUGUAACACAGUAAAAAGUGACCUUCCUCUCUAUGUGCUGCUGUGGAACUAUGCACAACAAGACAAGUGAAUGUGCGUAUGACUGAGUAGAGGGAUCCAUCCGUGUAGCCCAUAUCCUAUGCAAAAUAAGGGAAGAUAAACAGCAUGAAAAGCAUUGCAUGCUGGAUGUUUUUGUGACCUUUUGGAACGCUCUGGAGUCUAAAGGGAACCAAAAGGGAAACCAAGCAGGUUGCCUGAGGCGUCUGGGUACUACACUCCCUCUCAGUGUAUUGCUUCUGCUCUUCGGAUUAGUGUACAGCUCACGAGGCCUGCAGUGGAGCCGGGAUCAAAGGUCCAAAGAAGAGCAGGGCUGAAAGGUCUUUUCAACCCGGGGCAGCCUGCAGAUGCCUUAUCUACUCAAAAGCGAGGGACUGUAUGGUUGUGGUCACUAAUAAUGCUGUGAUCAGCAAUAAACGCAACAGCCAAGCAAUAAAAAGAGAAGUGCUUUCAGAGAGAGUCAGACUUUUCUUUUGACUGUCUGCAACAUAUACUGUUGCCGUUAUGCUUCUGAACUGCGGCCAGCCGUUACCUCUUCUGAGGCAUACAGACGUGCCGCCUCGGGUCAUAGAAAACUUCAUCCUGACUGGCUACCGGUUCCCAAACUACAGCCUGAAGGACUGCUUACUCUCGGCAUUCAGGCCCACCAAUGAAACUGGCAACUUCUGGACACACUUCCUCCCAGUUUUCAUCUUUUUAUACUAUUUUGUGGAGGUGUUUGGUUGGGAAGGUGCACCACCUGGUGACGCCCCGUUCUUCUAUCCACUGUGGAACUACUUUAUCGGGGUGUUCUGUCUGCUAAUGGCUAGCAGCAUGGCCCACCUGCUCAACUCCAUGUCUCUGGUGGUAAGAGAAGUCUGCUUCUUUGUGGAUUACGGCACGAUCAGCGCCUACACGGUUGGCUCAUCGUUGGCGUACUACUACUACAUCCACCCUCGGGCAGGGAUAGUGGAGACCGGAGGCCACAAUGGCUCCCAUAUGGACUUGAAACCUGAACCUUCAGGGGCUCUUACAUCCUCCUAUGCAAUCCCAGAGUUCAGUGUGUUCUUUGAAACCUUCUACAUCCCGAGCGCGUGUGUUGUUGCAAUCAUUUGUGUUUUAUCUUGCUGCAAUACUCGCCAGAGGUGGAGAAAGCAUCGAUACCUCAUCCGAACCCUGGUUUUCCUCCUGCCGUUCCUCGUCUCUUCCACGCCAGUCUUCUAUCGCCUCCUCACCAGAUCACCUUAUUCCACCACCUCCACCUCCUUUGCUGCUUCCACCUCCACCUCCAGCUUCUUCUAUCGCCACUGCCUCUGGCUGCUGGUGUCGGCUGUCUUCAACAUCAGCAAGUUCCCUGAGCGGCUAGCCCCGGGUUGCUUUGACAUCUGGGGGCACAGCCACCAGUGGUUCCACUGUUGCACGUUUUUGUCCAUCCUCGACGAACUCCACAUGAUCAAGGCUGAGGUGAGGGCAAUCCUACUCAGUCCGACUCUGCUGCUGCCCCCUGCCAUCCUCUCCCGCCUACCUGGGCCGACCAUACUUUCCACCUACGGGGUGAUGCUCUUCCUCCAGACCACCAUCAUCUCCAUCAUUGUGUGGUUCUCUUGGCGAGCCAACUGCAUCUACGGACCCCAGAGAGACCAGCUGGCAAAGGAACACCCCAAGAAACACCUGAAAUGCCACUGAUCAGGAGACAUCCAGACAUCUUUUUCUUUAAUCACCUCGACUGUGAAGGAAGAUUUGCACAUGCAUACAGAGCCAUGCCACAUACAGAAGCGCACAAGUAAAACAAUAUUUCCCUUCCGGAUUUCAAGUCUGUCGUAUGUUCCAACCCCUUUGACAGCGUUUUAGAAGCUUUCAUAGGGGGAAAUUGGGGACGACGACAGAUGAAAGGAUUACACUCUGAGCUCUCCACAGGGUGGCUGUCUGGUUGAGUGGAUAUUGAAAGACCUUGCCAGUUCUGUCCCCUGAGCUCUGGCAUGUUCCAACAGGAAGUGUGGCGAUAAUAACUACCUCUAGGGACUGUACACUUGAGGACAGUGGAAAGGUGUUGGUAACCAGGAAAACACAUGUUUCAUAUAACAUUUGGGUAAUGUGGGCUUAAAUGUCAGCAUGACAUAUGUCAAGUAGUUUCUCCUGUUGCGCUUCCCCUUCCUCCGACCUUAAACUGUGUCUAUCGAAAUUUCCCUGCUCUGGUUGCAGUUCAACCCAUUGUUUCACAUUGAAUUAAUCCUUUUUCUGACCUUUGUUGACUGCACCUUCCCUUCCUUUGACUUACACGAAUGCUCACAGGCGGUCUCAUUUCCUCUUUUUUUUAAAGUGACCCUUGCAACAGGAAGUGCGGUGGCCUUGACGACGCAACAGAAAUAGCUGAGAGCUCAUAUCAGUCGUACAGUAAAGCACUUUCAGGGGGGCCAGUCAGACUCGCCCUGUCAUUAACUUAAGAAGCCAUGCUCGCUUUGUAACCUCAAAGGACGUGCAACAUCUCUGAAGCAUAUAAUGACGUCCUGCUGACACGUUCUGUUGGUCUGUUUAGAUGUGAGAUGUAUUCAUAGUGCAGUGAUCUGCUGUAUGAUUUUUAUUACACUGAUGACUAGUUCCACAUAGAUUAUGUUCACACUGCUUGAAGUGCUCUAGUUCAGAUUAAAUGUGAUAUUAAAUCAGAUGUUUUUUAAUCAGUAUGAAAAGAGUACUGGAUUUGUCUGCAGAAGUGGUACACGCUCUGUGGAUGUGUGUCUUGUUACUGAUGGCUCAUGUCAGUAAAAUCUAACAUUCAGAAUCCUAAAAGAUACCUGAGCAACAGCUCAGUUCAUUGUGAAUGUAGAUGAAAUGAGGAUGAUGAAACCAGAGGUUGCUGUGUGAUAUACAGCAGCGUCUCAGACCAAAAGCCAUAGUGUGGAAAAGUGAUAGUUGGAACAAUAGCUGCAAUACUGUAGUUGUACUACAUUAUCAGGAACUUCCUGGAUAGAUUUGCACUCGGUAGAUAGAUCAGGUUAGUUGCUCACCUCGCAGUUUGUACCUUUCGUGUUUUAUCAUUAAAUUCAUGUCACAGAGCUAAGCCUCACGUUUCUUAAAAAUAUACACCCGGCAAUCUUUGAAAAACCCAGCGGCCAUUUAACAGCACUGAGCACAAUUCUGAAGGCAUUCCCAUAAUCCUCACUGACUCUUAUACAAGGCCCCUGAAGUCUCGCAGAGAACAUUUUCUUGUGCACAUGAUGAAAUACAUUUAUCUUUGGCACUAUUUAGCCUUCCAACCAUCUGACAAAUAAUUAUUUCGUCUGCAGCGUCAUAAAAAAACAAAGGUCUUACAAAAAUAUUUUUUAUUGUGCAGUGGAUGGAAUUUUUUUUGGGACAGACAAGCAAUUAAGGAAUGUGGAAGUAUCUUCAGAACAACAUUAAAUGUUUAAGGACCUUCUGGGUUUUUAAAGAUCGGCUGGUAUUUAAACUACCUUCUCUUUACUCAACUUUUAACUGCAUGAAGCGACAUUUAGCCUUAUUGUUAUCAAUUAUUUAUGUGCUGUAGUUUUUUCUAGAAUUCUCCAAAAAGACCCAAACCCGACAGACCCCAAUUUGUUGCCUAUAGCUACGGACGCGGGCCAGGUUUGGUUUUGGUUGUUUUAAAUCCAAUUUAGUAAGAAAUUCUAUUUUUCUCUCUUUGACUGUGUCAACUGUCUGCAUCCAUGUUUGUCAUGUGUUCCUAGUAGAUGUCCAGAUAGAAAGGGGGACAAGAGACAUAGUGUUACCCUGGUAACAGUCAGUAACAGAUAAAAUAAAGCCAAAGUACAGGCUUCAUUGUUAAACUAAUUUUAUUUUUUUAAUAUCCCAGCAAAAAAGAAAAUAGGUACACAGUCUUAACACAUACUCAGAUUAAGUAUUUUUGAUUCUGAUUCUGAUUCUGAGAUUAAAAGUCAUAGAUUUAGUUUGAUGAAACAUUUUCAUUUCUGCUGGGUCACAUUUAGUGACAGGUUCAAUUCUAUUCAGUAAACAGUUUUUUCCGUCCAGGGCCCUGGGUCCAAGACCCCACCUGUCCAUGAACAACGGCUUCGUUCACACUGCAAGCCUUAGCACUCCAUUCUGAUUUAUUGCUCAGAUCCGCUUUUGUUUGUUUGGCUUUUUGUCUCCUUGUUAAAUGUGGCUCAUAUCAGAUUCCAGUGUGAGCAGCUCUUGGUCCUGAAGUGACGAGACUAGAGUGACGUAAAAACCUGAUAUGACUGUCGCACUGCAAAGAGUGAGACCUGUUUCUGGUUUGGACCACUUAUGAAAGUGGCCUGA